AUGGAGCGCUUCGUGGCGUCUGCGCCGCAGCAGGGCGGGCGCCCCAGCUUCCCUCCGUCGGUGUCUCCGCUAUCGCUCUCCUCCCCCGCUUCUCUGACGUCCGUGGCGCUGCCCCCGAUCCCGUUCUCCGCCACCGAGAGCUCCAGCGACGUCGACAACAGUGAUAAUGCGGACAAGGAAUCAGAUCUGAUCUCCAAAUCAAUUCUAACUGAGGAGGAUGAUAUGCUUUCCGAGAGGCAAUUGAUUGCCCGAGGGAGGGUUCUCUUACAAGCCUACCAGUCUCAGAAGAAGCAGUGGCUGCAGAAUGAUGCUGGAUAUGACUCACGAGAGAGCCAGGAUCAGCCGCCGGAUAGCCCGGACUCGACCGUCAACAUCUUCCAGCCGAUGGUGGAGUCUAAUGGGGAAUACUCUACUUUAGAAUAUUCAUCACCGACCAAGCGAGCGGUAGCACACCUGACUACGGCCGAUGCACCGUCAAUUGAUACUAAACUGAAGGGGUUAUCCCCUCCUCCUCCACCACCAAGCUCACCCCCUCCUAGUAGUAUGGUCAGUGGGCUGAGUAACUUCAGUAUCGGGCCACUUCCCACGUCGGAGCUGAAGAUCAACACGCCGUUGUCGGGAAACCGGAGCGAGAAGAGCUGGACGGACUUUAUGCAGCUGCUCAAGACCAACGGGCGCAUGAUGGACGUGGUGGACGCUCAGCUGGCCGAGAUUUGGGGCGAGUUGGUGUCCACUGAUGAAGCCGCAAGAGGACACCAGCCGCUGCUGGAUAAACUGAGUGACGCUGUGGCGCAGUUGUUGCAGCAGAAGCGGGAGGCGGAGGUAGCUAUUGCAAAGCUGGCGGAGGUAUUGGGCUCGCGUGUGUUUUUGGCCGGCAAAUUGUCCGACGACGCGGUGCAGUUCGUGAGUAACCAGUUGAGGCUGGAGCUGGACGCAUCUGAGGCGCUGGUGGAGCGAGUGAAAGAGGACAAGGCCGCGUUCAAGAAGGAGGACGCAGUUGUGAGGCUCAGCGUCAAUGGAGAAUGCAGCUCGGCAGAAAUUGAGACGCUGAAGGAGCAGCUGAAGGAGAAGGAGCUGGAUUUAGAGGCCAGCCAAGCUGCUGUUGCGAAGCUGAAAGACCAGUUAGCGCGGCAAAAGGAGUCUGCAGCAGACAAGCAAGCUUUGUUCGAGCGGGCCAUGGAAGUGAAGUUGCGUGAGAUUGAUGCGCUCUGCAGUGAAGUCGAUCUGCCGUUGGACUAUCAGCGAGUGAAAACUGCGGAAGGCGUUGCUUGCUACCGCCGAAAGAGCGAUGAUGCUGAGAACGAGCUGGAAGACCCUCGAGUGUCGAUUGUGAUUCAGCGGCGCUUGACGGCUGCAGCCUCGGCUGGUGGAGACGAUAAGGAAGCUAGCCCAGCGACCAGUGAAGACCCAAGCUCCAGUACUACCCUCCGCACUCGCGGUUUCAGUGCAAUGGCUCGCGACUACGCAGCCCCUGAUAACGUUAUGCGGCGGUCGUUCUCGACACCGCAUAUUUCUCACGACGAUAGCAUAUUCGAGGAUAUUCACGUUCCGCCGGAUGACGGACGCAAGCAUACGAUCGAGGAUUUCUCCACUCCAUUACCUGCUGGCUGGGAGAUGCGCGUGACAGCUUCGGGUGCAGUAUUUUUCUUCAACAAGUAUACGACGACAACUACGUGGACGGACCCGCGGUUGCUUGGAGCGGCACCAACGUCUCCCUCAGCUGAUCAUAGCCCCAGUCAGCAGAAACCGGUUGUUCGCAACCCCAGUGUGACAACGUCAGAGUCUCGUCCGUCAAGAUCGAACUCGACUGCGGUCAACGCAGAUGUCCCGCCACCGCCAUUCUCUAGAGAUGAGAACAAUGACGAUGAUGACGAUGUAGAGUACUUGGACGUGGUGUUUGAGGACGCUGGCCCCAUUGGUAUCCAUUUCCAAGCCAACGUUCCUGAUGCUGGGGCUACAGUGAGGAGUUUGCUGCCGGACAUGGCCGCUGCCAAGAAGGGCGUCCUCGAGCCAUACGACGAACUCGUUGCUGUGAACAAGAAUGCGGUGGGUUUUGCGCCAUUCCGGCACGUGAUGUUGUUGCUCCAAGGAGGUUUGCGGCCGCUUACACUCACGUUCAAGCGGGAUCUUAAUCGCCCGCAAGGUGUAAUGCCUCCUCUUGCCGAUGCGCCGUUAAGCGAUGGUGGGGUUUCUCUCGUGAGCGCGAGCGAUGCGUCCGACACCCACCUGGACGAAGAGGUCGUGAUUGAUGAAGGAACGGUUGUUGAUUUGGAGCAGCUUCGAGUUCCUGUUCCUUCUCAGAAUCAAGCAAACGAUGCUGCACCCGCGAGUGGGAGCGAAGAGGAGGACAUGAAUGUGGCGGACGUCAUCAUCACCAACCUCUUUUCACUCUUCUGGAAGCCUCCAGAGACGACUGGCGAAGUGCAGACUGUAUAG